CUGAUACGUCCCUUGCUUAGAUGGAGGUGGCAGAAAAGAAUAUUUGACUUGGCACAUUCUCGACCUUAUUGGCCCCUUUCCUUUGUGGUUUCUAUUUUGUAGAUGGCAAAAGAAGAGCCACAGGAAAAUCAAUUGCUGAAGAUGGAGUUGGAUCCGCAGGGUGAAGACACCGUUAUAAAAUUUGAAAAUACAAAUAUUCAAGCCUCCGAAUUAGUUGACUCCUCAAUUCUUGGAAAAUACAGUACAUGGAAGAAACAAAACGACAACAAGAACGAAGAUUCAAUCAUCCGUCUAAUGCGAGACCAAAUUAUUAUGGCAAGAAUAUAUUUGAGUAUUUCAAAAAAGAAAAAGAAAGUUGAUUUGAGUGAAGAGCUCCAAAUUUGUAUUAAAAGGAGUCGUCGUGUACUAGGAGAGGCAAAUAUCGAUGCUGAGUUGCAUUACAGUGCGCCCCAAAAAAUAAAGGCUAUGGCCGGUGUUCUUUCAAAGGCGAGAGAUCAACUGUUUGAUUGCAAGUUGGUGGUCAAGAAGCUGAGAGCUAUGCUGCUAACCGAAGAAGAAAAGGUUAGAAGGUUGAAAAGGAAAAAUACAUUUCUGACUCAAUUGGGAGUUAAGGGUAUUCCAGGUGGUAUUCGCUGUCUGUCCUUGCGCCUUACCGUCGAUUACUACCUUCUUCCUCCGGAGAAGAGAAAUUUCCCUAGAAGUGAAAAUUUGCAGAAUCCAAAACUUCACCAUUAUGCCCUCUUCACAGACAACGUGGUGGCUGCUGCAGUAGUCGUGAACUCAACCGUAAUGAAUGCUAAGGAUUCUUCGAAACAUGUAUUCCACCUCGUAACUGAUAAUCUCAAUUUCGGAGCAUUGAAAAUGUGGUUUCUCUUAAAUCCUCCUGAAGAAGCUACGAUUCACGUUGAAAAUUUAGAUGAACUCAUGUGGUUGAACUCGUCCUAUUGCCCAGUACUCCGCCAGCUUAAUUCUGCAGCAUUGAGAGAAUAUUAUUUCAAGGCAGAACAAUCCACCACUCCUUCAUCUAGUGCUUCCAGUUUGAAGUACAGAAACCCAAAAUAUCUUUCAAUGCUAAAUCAUCUAAGGUUCUAUCUACCGCAAAUUUAUCCCGAGCUAGACAAAAUUCUAUUUCUGGAUGAUGACGUUGUUGUCCAGAAAGAUUUAUCUGGAUUGUGGCUCGUAGAUCUUGAAGGAAAAGUCAAUGGUGCCGUCGAAACUUGUGUUGAGAAUUUUCAUCGUUUUGACAAGUACCUUAACUUCUCAAACUAUUAUAUCGCAAGGGAUUUCGAUCCAAAUGAGUGCGGUUGGGCAUUUGGAAUGAAUAUAUUUGAUCUCAAGGAGUGGAAAAAGAGAAAUCUCACUGCCGUAUAUCAUACAUGGCAGAACUUGAAUGAAGAUAGGUCGCUUUGGAAGCUCGGAACAUUACCUCCAGGUUUGAUGACAUUUUAUGGGCUGACAUAUUCCCUCGAUAAGUCUUGGCAUGUGCUUGGAUUGGGUUACAAUCCAAGUAUCAGCCCAUUGGAGAUAGAAAAUGCAGCUGUUAUUCACUAUAAUGGCAACAUGAAACCUUGGAUGGAGAUGGCGAUGACGAAGUAUCGCCCCUACUGGAGAAAGUACAUCGACUUCAACCAUCCUUAUCUUCGCCAGUGUCACUUCAUUAAAUGAAACUUACUGCGGAUAAUCGGAACUACAGGUCACUCUAACUCUCACAUCUCCUCCCCCACGUUGAAUUUGCUUUUCUUGGUUUACUGCAUGACAUGGGGCUGGGGAUAUCUCACAUCACAGUCAAAUACCUUUGUACUUCAUUCAACUGGUUCUCACGAGCCUUUCAUGCAUCAUGACGAGGUAGAAACUAUAUCAUAUGUUCGAAUGUGAGAAAAUUCUUAUCCCGACAUAGUUUAGAGUUGAAAACAGAAUGAGUCGUAGAUUGGGAAGUAAAUGCCACAUCUACUGUAUUCUUCCUAUUAACCCUGCUUUAUCCGAGAUUCCGAUGAAUAAGAAAACAUGUACGUUUAUAGGCGAAAGAAA